AUGCGCAAGCCGACAUUUAGCGCAAACUUCCUCGCAUCUGGUUCCAUGUUGCAAAUAUCAAUUGACGAUCCACAAGAAGUUGAGGGACAAUUCGAAGGCUAUGAGGUGUUAAUGAAGAACGGCGGUCUCGUGUCGCUAGAGCCGUGGGCUUCAGUGGCAAUCCUCUCUCCGCAUGAACGAUCGUAUGUCAUGAUGAGAAUCCAACCCCAAACCACACUUACAGUCACUGUGCGUGGACGCCUCUCCUCCAACCACUUCAGUGCCUUGGCGGACGCAGUGGAGUGCCUGGGAGUAGAUCGAGGUCAGCCGCCCUAUUCUCUCCACCCACAUUACAAUGCGGUUGUGACAAAUGCUCCAACUUGCCCCACUGUAGACCUCUCUGCUCCCACCAAUGUGAAACUGGUUGCACUCGACUCCCACAGUGUACUCAUGACAUGGGACCCUCCAGCGCAGUCCUAUGGUCUCAUCAUUGGCUACGAGAUCGGAUGGCUUCUCGACGGUCGUGUCAAGCCAUUCAUCUAUCACUCCGCACACACAUCCUACACUUUCCACGGCUUGAAGGCUGGACAAACGAUUUCUGCUGGUGUUUCUGCCACUAGUCGGCCUGAAUCAUCUAUCAAAAUUAGGCUGAAGAGUGAUGCCUCUCUAUUCGCAUCGGUGACCCUACCGCCCACGAUAGGAGGUAAGUCACGGUCGUCACAUUUCGAAUUCGCCAUUCAAUGCGGGUGA